AUGGAGCUGGUGACCGGGGCGAUGGGGGCCUCCUCCUCAAACUGGGCGAGCUGCUCAAGCAGGAGUACGGCCUUCAGAAGGGCGUCAAGAAGAAGAUCGAGUCUCUGUCACGGGAGCUCAGGGUCGUGCACGCCGGGCUCGUUCCUCUUCCAUGUCAGCCUCGUCGGGCACGCUGAGGAGCUCCAUGCGCGAGCCGGGUCAUCCGCGAUGGCCGCCUCCUCCCCGGCGACCUGCGGCCUCCAGCGCGACCCUCCCCAUCCGGCCAUCCCCGAGCUCGUGCUCAGCACGGUUAAGAGCGGGGAGCUAUACCGGAGGACCCAAGGCCGCCGUCCCACUGCGGCUGCACCACUACCUCGUGAUCGUGGCGGCCGCAGUCGUCCUCGCCUGCCUCAGGAAAAGAGUUUUGUUACAGCUACCGCCCCAAUACAGGAAUCCAAAGAUUACCGUUACCCUUCCCGUCACCAGACUCGCACACGGUUGUAA